AUGCGAUUGAAUACAUUGCGAACCACACCUCAUCGUCCGCACCUUCACUGCCUUCCCUACCUCUUUCUCCGCCCUUUGCUUCGCCGCCGCCUCCUCCGAAGCGCCGCCGCGAUCUCCCAACACUCGAUGCCAAAGCCGCUGCCGCCGACGAUGGUAAGCGGGAGCCUCCUACGGGCCAUGGGCCGCGCGGUUGGGGGCGGUGUCUUGGGGCCGCUCUCCUCCGUCCGCACCAAGCCUCCGUCCGGCGCCAUGCGCGUGUCUUCCUCCUCCGGAGCGGCCUCGCCCACCUUCGCCUCCGCGGAGAACGGGUCGUCCUCGAUCUGGAGCUCGCACUCCGGCUGCCUCGCCGAUCUGGAGGACUGGGAGCGGGUCGCAGACGAGGCCCCGCUCUGGGACGAGGAAGUGAAGGAAGACCGGCAUGUGUUCGGGAGCGCACCGUCGAGGGAGGAGGCCGAGGACGCCGUCUCAACCCUUCGGCAGAUGCUUGGCCCGGUUGUUUUCCCACAUAUUGUAAACUAUGAACCGAAAUUGGAGGAUUAUGAUUCUUCUGAAGCAAUCGAUAAGAAUAUAGCUCAAAUGAACAUGAUCUACAACUCAUCAUCUGAGUCCACUGAUGAAUUGUGCCACCCUGACUGGAUUGAACCUUCAAUGCAAGUUUAUAGUUCAGACAUCUCAAACUAUAAAGAACGACAGAAUGCAUUAGAUGCACUUCAAUUGUUCAAUGCAAAUGCAACUCUUCAGAGAAUGGUUGUUUCAAUUUCAUCUGAUAAAGCUGUUUGGGAUGCCGUCAUGAACAAUAAAACAGUUCAGGAACUGAAAAAAACUUUUCUUGAAGGUGCCUCCGAAAGCAGUGAGACCGGGAGCUCAGAAGAGCGUGUUGACACAGACACUGGACCGCUUGGGUGGAUGUUAGAAAAUGCCAAGAGUAAGCUAAUUGAGUUCAUUGACAAGAUCACGAGGCUGGCAAAGCAGAUGUUCCUGUUUCAGAAGAAUGAGACAGAUGGAAACGAUGCAUUUGAGGAUGCAGUGAGGUCCUCUCUGUUGGUCUCGAUCUUUGUGUUUGUGAUCGUCAUAAUGAAACGCCUUCAGACAGCUUCAUGAAAACUCGUCGACAUGACUUACUCCUUCCCUAAACAUGUACAUAAGGGGAUUGUUGUAGAUAUAAAAGGACAUGAAUAAUGUUGUUAAACAUGUCCGUUAUUGUGCAUAUACUUGUGUUCGUUGACUGUGCAGUGUAGUCGUGGUUGCUACCUGUAAUGAACGGUGAUUUGGACUUGGAAAUUCAGUGAAUAUGAUAGCAACCAUGUGAUCGAUCUUCAAUUUAA